UUAUAUCUCUAUAGCGCAAUUUGAGGUUAACACGCGUUUCUUACAUGUUACAGCGUUUAUAUCGCAUUGUGCGAAGAAAUUGAUAAGAAACGCGUCGUUGGAGGUGAUUCCCGGACAGCCAAAUCUGCCAGUACAGAUUUCGUCAAACGCCCACUACAGAUUUUGAAGGCAGAAAGACUGCAGAUUGCGCGCAGGAACUGAUAGAUUCGAGAUGUUGCCAGAGUGUCAGCAGAAAUACAACGAAAUCUGCUCGCAUAACUGAGCCUACUCGGGGCAGCUCAUGUGCAUUUUGUGCAAGUCAGUUGUACGGAGCGAAACGGUUUGGCCGGUUCACUUAAAUUCCAAGGCGCACAAGGAUAAUGUCGUGUUAGCGAAAAAGACCAAGCUGGAACCGGAAAGCGCCGUAAGGACACCUAAUGUUCAACCGUUCAAAAGGCCUAUCUCUCCGUCUCAAGAUACUUCGGCGAGUAAAAAGAUAAAGGGCAUAUUGAAAACUUCUAGCCAGCCGGUGGUACAGGCCAGGUCAAAUUUACCAGCGGAUUUCUUUGACAAUAACUCGAAGCAAGUCAAUGGUGCGUCUGCUCCGGCGCAAAAGUCAGCGAGCAAAGACGGCGAUCCCGCGGUUAAUACUGCGGAUGUACAACACACGGAGGAGGGAGAGAAGGAGAAAGAGAAAGUAAGAGAUACGAAUCCGGCUGUUCUGCCGGAAGGAUUUUUUGACGAUCCGGUGAUGGAUGCUAAGGUUCGUAAUGUUGAAUACAAAGAUCCUAUUGAAGAAGAAUGGGAGAAAUUUCAAAAAGAAAUCAAAGAAGAGACCGCGCAGUCUGCACAAAUUAUAGCCGACGAUCAGGAAGAAGCCACGACGGAAAGGCAGUUGGACGAAAUUGAGGAGCAAAUUGGCCAUUGGUCUAGGGUAAUGGAUCUGGUAAAACGUAUGGAACAAGUGCAAGGUACCGAUAGAAAGCAAGAGAAUAUCGAUGAUGAUGCAUCAAGCGGUGACGAAGCCGAGUUCGACGAGUUUCUCGACUGGCGAGCAAAGAAUUCGUAUAAAGAAUGAAAAGAUUUUAUGUAUUUAAUAAUAUUGUAAAUAUUAAUCUUUUAUCCUUUCUAGCAAACUAAUUAUUUGUAUAAAGUGAUAAGUUUUUUCUUAAUUAGUUUAUAUUUAAUACAUCCCUUUCCUCAUUUAUUGUAAUGAAUUGUGUUAUAAACUAAAGAGAUAGUGCAAAGUCGAUUUAAAGAAUGUUAAAACUCAUAAUUAAAUAUAUAUUAUAUAUAUAUAUUUAUAUGCAAAAAGCCGAUUAACCGUUUCACCAUUUAUUAUAAUUAGUAUUGUUUUUUUCUGAUUAAACUUUGUAGCUAGUUCUUUUAUCUUUUACAACUAAUUAUUUCCAAAUCUUAUCACUUCUUCCAGGCGACUAAAGAGGGCGAUUAAAAAUCAAUGCAACUUGUAUAGUGUAUUAAGAUUUUAUUAAAACGAAUUUUUGAAGAGUCAGAAUAUAAUUGAGUUUUAGAUACAUUUGGUAUAGAUUACUUAUUGAUCGUCGUAAGCUAUAUAAUAUGAAAAGUAUAUGAUAUAAAGAUUACGAAGUACGCUAAGCCGCUAUAAUAAAGUUAGUAUAGAUAAUUACGACGUAGAUCACGUAAUUUGACGAUAUCCAUCUUCGUUUUUUGCACAUACUGGACUUUAUAAAAUGCUGAAAA